AUUUACUUCAGCAAAACAAAAUGACUAGAGAUAUAUCCUCUCAUCAGAUAGUGCUAUCGGAUCAAAGUCUAGCCAACAAUCAACAGCAGCAUACAUCCAAUGAAAGUAGUGAUGGCAGUAGUACUUGCAACCAGCAACAGCAUCACCAGGAGAAUAGUCCUAGACAACAAGAACAACAUGUUUCAAUUGUAAAUAGUUGUCAAUCAGAACAGUCUUGGAUUGCUUUGACUCCGAGGGAUUCUUCAGAGCAUAAUCAUCAUUGGAAUAGUAAUAACAACAACAACACUCCACCAUGCGUACAAUCCGUACUUGUGGAUGAAAAGAAGGAAGAAAUGGAAUUAGAAGAUGUUUGUGGCAGUUUUAUUGGAAAUCAAAAAGAAAAACAAUCAAUGAAUGAAGAACUGAAAGAUAUUUGUCAGGAGAUGAAGGGUAUUGGAAUAUCACCCAGUGCAUUGCAAUUAGAGUUAGCAGAGAAGGGAGAAUGUCUUCAAGAUGUAGGUCUCAUUUCUCAGGUUUCAGUCUUUGGAAUUUCAUGGUAUUACAAGAGGACGAGGUUGCAAUUUUGUUACAAGUGCUGUUUGCUGUCGACUCCAUUGUUGUGUCUAUGCUGGAGCACAAUUCUCUUGCUUACCUUAUUCUUUGUUGCAUGUUUUGGAUACUAUUCUCACAUGCCAAUUGAUGGCACUGGAUCAUGUGCUACUCUAUACUAUAGUGAAAAUGUAUUUGGUCCUAUUGUAACAAUGGCUGAUUUGAAUUUGGAAAAGGAGAAACUAUUCUUCUCCUCUCUGGAUUUUAUGAAUUCUACCACCACUUCAGAUAAUUUACCAAUCAAUUAUUACAAUACUCUCAUGACACACAAUUCAUAUCAUCGAAGAGGAAUGAUGGCUUCAUUCAUUCCUUCAAUGAAUUACGAACACGACUCUUUAACAAAUCAACUCAAUAGAAAUGUUCGAGGAUUGGAGCUGGACAUUCACUUGAAUAGAAGAACGGAAAGAUUUCAGGUUUAUCACAUUCCACUCAUUGAUGAUAAGAGUAAUUGUAAUUGUUUUUUAAGUUGCCUUUUGGAAAUUAAGAAUUGGAUGACAACCAACACCAAAAACAAUGACAAACCAGAUCUCAUCACCAUUUUCAUAGAGCCAAAGUAUGCAAGAGACUUUGUUCCAUUCUGUAGAAAGGAAGACACACAUACCCUUCCAAAUUUGAUGAAUGAAAUUCUUAGAGUAUUCUCACCAGAGCAAAUAUUGACACCUGCCAAACUUAAAGGAGACUAUUCAAGUUUGAGAACAAGUGUUAGUGGUAGAGGAUGGCCUUUGAAAAGUUCAGUCAAAGGUAUGGUUCUUUUUGUUCUCAACUUGUGGGAUGAGAAUGAUGAAUGUAAAUAUCUACUCAGAAAUGAGAAAUCAUUAUAUUCCAAUAAUGUAACCUCCAUGGAUUUAAUAUUCUACAGGGAGUAUUGGAAUAAUAUGGCCUCCGCUAAGAGUGAUUCAGUAUUCUUUGAGGUUGACGAUGCUAGAGUAUUCAUGAAUACGAGUGCUGUUGAACCAAUGCUCGUUUCCAAUGCUCUCCUCGAUCAGAAUACUUUAUACGUAGAGGAUCCUAGCUAUAUCAUUUCUAGUCCUGUUACAAAGGCAGUCCAACGUGGCUACAUGAUUCGUUGUACAGCUGGAGCUGUUACUGAAUUGAGAGCUCGAAUUUCGAUGGCCAAGAAGAAGAAUCCAAAUCUCAAAUUGAAAGAUUUGAGUAAAACAGAGGCAUGUCUUAGAAGUGGAGCUCAGUUACUCAACACUGAUUAUCCCUAUGCUGACCUAUUUUUAUCCCUCUUUACCAAUCAAACCUUCCAAAAUCCACUCUUUUCAAAUAACAAUAAUGGAUAG